GAGACGGUUGACACUGUACAAAGAUGAAACGCAGCGAGUAUAAAGAGAUCAUUCAGUGCUUUGAGACACAACAGUGUGAUGGCACAACAGAAUCUUUGGCAGAGGUCAAUAAAGUGUUUCCAACAGUGUCCCACAACACACUAAUCAGUAUUUAUUCUCAGUAUGUCCAACUAAAGACUAAGAAGAACUAUAGCGUCUACAGCUCCCCGUACAAAGCGCAGAAGUAUUAUGCUCAGUACAAGCAGCGCAGCUCAGACUCGUCCAACACCCAAGGCAUGAUAUUAGUGCAGUUUGCCAACCAGCUUGAUCUGAGCCCUGCGCUUCUUGCACGUGUCAUAGUGGAGAGGUAUCUGUUUCAUCUUUCUGGCGGUGAGGCACCAGUCUCUAAGAAUAGACUGACUAAAAUGCUACGUGAUCCUUGUCUGAUAAUGGACCCAGCACUCUCCCUUGAGGUACAACAGUGUUCAUUAGUGGAUUCCAGUUAUGGACCAGUAGUGGACAGUAUUAAGCAUUCCAUUGGAGAAGAGCUGGAAGUCCACUUGAAAAAGACCCUCCAGGAUCAUCAUCUGGCGUUUCUAGACGAAGACGAUAUGAGAAAGAAAGGUUAUGACAAGACGCCGGAUAUUAAACUCCAAGUGCCAAUAGCUGUUGGAGGAAGGAUUGUAAAUUGGAUUGAAAGUAAAGCACUGUUUGGUGACGACCACAGUCAUGAGAAUUACAUGAAAGACCAAUUAUGGAGCUAUGUAAAUCGUUUUGGUUCUGGUCUGGUCAUUUAUUGGUUUGGUUUUAUUGAGGAGCUUGCAACAAGUUCAGAGCAAGGCAUUAUCAUAGCUAAUGACUUCCCCAAAACAUUCUCGAUAUUGACUCCAGCAUAAUCUGAAACAGAAUUACGAAUUCUCAUAAACAAUUCUUUAAAGCAAUGUCCUGUUGCAAUUUUCAAACAAAUUUGGUUUUUGAUUGGACUGGUUAAGUUAAGUUUAUUUCUUGGCCAACAUGUUAAACAAUGUAAGUUGUAGUCGAUUGAUGCAGACCUGGAAUUUCAUUUGUCAGAGGGCAAGGCCAUUUUAAUUUUGUAAAGGGCACUUCCAUCAGAAAAUCCUAGUCUGUGUGAAACUUUCGAAAGGGCACCAGGGACAAGACCAUGGCAACAGAGGUCGUGACCUCUGUGUAAUUCCAGGCCUGUGAUGAUGGUUUUAGGUUUUAAUUACUUGUAAUAAAGACAUUACCACACACAUAUAUUUCUUUCACCAUUAUAUGUGCAUUUUUUAUUUAAUAACUUGGUUGGUUUAAGAGUCUUCAUAAAGACGCUUGAAAUUUAACACUUGAAAAAAUAGAAUAAAUUUUCUUAAUUACGUCAUGUUUUUCACAUGAGAAAGUUAGCGAAAAAUAGUUGUUUAUAAUCCUUCACCUGUAUUUGUUAUAUAAAUUUUACAUUCCUGUCCCUUUUUUGAGUUAAAAUUCAUGUUUGCUUUCCUUUAAACAAAAAGCGCUGCCAGCAAAAAAAAAGUGUGGCAAAUUUACAAAAAAGCUUGUCUCUACACUGCGUGGUCGAAUAACCAAAUUUACACUUGUUUUGCUUUAUUUUUCUAAGCAUAAACUAAACUCUCUUAUUGAAGCCUAAAAUGUUGUGUGUAUUGGAUGUACAUUUCCUAUAAUUGGUCCAAGGUACAUUUUUUGCAAUGAGAUAAACUUGAUGAAGCUGUACAUUUUCUUUUGCAAAUCCAAGACAAUAAAAUCCCUAGUUUAUGUUGCUGUAAGGUCAACUGGUCAAAAGAAAAACUGAUUUUUUUAGUAAAAUAUUUUCAAGUUUUCAUUUUUAAAUAAGAAAGAUUCACUUGAUAUCUUUUGAAUGUAAACACUUGGGAUUUUAAGUAGGAAUACAGUGGUAUACAUGUACAUGAGCAUUAUUUCAGACUAAUGCUUGAUCAAAUUUAAACAUACAUUGUUAAUAACUACACACAAAACGAGAUGAAGUUGAGAAAUUACAUUGUACAUGUAGACAUUAAACAGUGGACGUAAUCUGUUGAGCAUCAGUGCACAAAUACAUGGAGAGCCUGGUUUGUUUGCUUAUUAGUGUAAACAAAUGUGUACAAAUUGCUUUACCCCCAUUUUUAUAAUUCAGAUAUGGAUCUGUGGCUAGAGAUUACGUUUAAAAAACAAAACUAAAUACUGUCUUACAUGUAUUUAUGGACAAUUCUUCAGCACACAUCAUUGGCUGCAGCUACAUGCCAAUAAAUUGGCCUACUCACUUGGCUGCGACACAAAUGAGCUUAGAUGUAGAUCAUAUAUUGAGGUUUGCGACCAACAUACACUUCAGUGUUCACAUUCAUGUAGCCACAUGUUCCAUCGUGCGGUUCUUUUUUUUUGAAACCGUUAGGAAUAAGCACAAGAGUGUGUUGACACACGAAGACAUUCGUAAAAACACCUGUGAGAACAGAAAGCUCUGUGUUGCAGUCACUGUCCUGUACACUAAGAAAAUAGCACUGUGUGGUUGUAUGUAAGUCCACACAGGGUUUCAAGUCCUUACAUUAUGUAGACUUCUAUUGUUCUUAGGUCCACACUUUGUAAUGUA